AUGUCAGAUGAAAAAGAAGUUAAAAGAAUGAAAUGUAUACAUUGUGAAAAUGGAAGAGCAAAAUGUUUCCACUGCAAGGGUAGUGGUAGAACUGUAACUCGUUUUGAUUGUUUUCAUUGCAAAGGUCAAGGAAACACUGUUUGUGAUUGGUGCCAUGGUACUAUGAUUGUCGAAUAUACUGGAUGCGGCUGCACUAUUUUAUAA